GAGAUAAAUAGCUUUAGAUUAAUAAACUUAAGGAACAUUUGACACGUAGUAAAAAUUUUUAUCUCGUUUCAGCUCCAGAGUGAAUCGAAAUGGAAAAUUUUAGUCUUGAAGAAACGCUAAAAAAAUAUUUACCGGAAAAUGAGUUGUCAAAAAUUAAUAAAAUUUUGUACGGAACUCCAUUAUCAUCAUUGAAUGUCUUAAAUUAUCACGGAGAAAAUGAUUUAGAAGUAAAAAGUUACGAUUUUUUACCAUGUACAAUAAACGAAUCGUCUCCCAAGCGCAAAGUGCGAGUGGGACUGAUCCAGCAUCAAAUAACAACACCGACAGACCGACCAAUCAGCGAACAAUUGCUGUCAGUUCAUCGUAAAAUUGAGGAUUACAUAAAAUAUGCAGCGUUGAACGGCGUUCAAAUUUUGUGUCUACAAGAAGCUUGGACCAUGCCUUUUGCAUUUUGUACACGGGAAAAAUAUCCAUGGGUUGAGUUCGCAGAAGACAUUGAAUCAGGAGCAACGACAAAAUUAUUAUCAACACUGGCGCGUGAUAAUAAAAUGAUAAUUAUUUCCCCAGUACUGGAACGUGACAGCGUUCAUGGAGAUACUUUAUGGAAUACGUCAGUAGUAAUCGAUAAUUAUGGACAAGUCCUGGGUAAACAUAGAAAAAAUCAUAUCCCACGUGUUGGAGACUUUAAUGAGUCGACGUACUACAUGGAAGGUAACACAGGACAUCCAGUGUUUGACACAGACUAUGGACGGAUUGCUAUCAACAUUUGCUAUGGACGUCACCACCCGCUUAACUGGACCAUGUUUGGAAUCAAUGGCGCCGAGAUUGUCUUCAAUCCAUCAGCAACAGUGGGCACUUUAUCAGAACCGUUGUGGCCAAUAGAAGCCAGAUGCGCGGCGAUAGCAAACAGUUACUACACAUGCGCUAUCAAUCGCGUUGGUACUGAAACAUUUCCCAAUGAGUUUACAUCAGGUGACGGUAAACCAGCGCACCGCGACUUUGGACACUUCUAUGGCUCCAGUUACAUCACAGCGCCAGAUGGUACGCGGACUCCUGGACUCAGUAGACAUCGGGACGGUUUAUUGAUAGCAGAUCUGGACUUAAACGCCUGCCGUCAAGCAAAAGAUCUGUGGGGAUUCAGAAUGACGCAGAGACUCGACAUGUACGCCGACAAACUUCGGGAAGCAACAAAACCAGAUUUCAAACCGCAAAUAAUUAAAAAAUAAUAUUUUUUAUAAAUGAAUAUAAUCCAUUUUAAUUAUUAAUUUGGUGAUUAAAUUAGGCUGAUGGGAUGGCAUUGAAUGCGGUGUGAGUCUGCUUACGAUAGUGCAGAGCCUCUUGAU